UAUAAAAUAGUAUUCGGUUGACCAGCGAAUAAACAUGAUAUGGUGGGAGGUAAUAUUAUCGCGUUAUUCGCUAUAUUUUUCAUUCUGAUGCCCCUAUUUUUUCGUCGAUUUUCAAAUUCGGUUUUUCGCGGUGUGAAGCCUUGAAAGUUUUCGCGAACUGAUCCCUCGGCCAAAGGGUACCGAGCAAAUUUACCGGCUGAUAGGGGCGUGCGCGUGUUCGUGUAGUAUUCGGUACGGUAUAUCGCGACUGAUAGCUGCGGGCUACCCGAGCCCACAGGUGGAUGAGGAUAAAAAACUGGAUUCGCACCUUAGAUCUGAGAUUUCGUCUGCUGCUGCACCACUUUUAUACAACACGUGGAGUCAAAAUAUAAGCUUCGUCGUAGACUUCUUCCGAAUCCAAUCACCACCCAGUAGAACAUUGGAGGCAAAAUGUUGGCGGAUUUUGAACGUCUAGCUCACGGUUGGAGAACCUAAAGCUGUUAAAAGAUCGCUUCAGUUUUUGAGUUUCGCAUCUUGUGUUCGUUUUUUGCGACAAGAAAUAAGCUUUUAUGAUGGAUAAUGGAGAACUGGAGACUUGCGAUAGUCCUCGAGGUGGUCAAAAAGGUAGCGGUGGCGAUGUCCUAGAUGAUGUGAUCAUUUCGUCGUCGAAUAAACGUAAAUUUAUGGACUCUCCGAAUGCGGAUGACGUAGACGUGGGCGCCUUAUCUCCGAGAAAGCUGCAAAUCGCUCAUCAUCAUAAUAAUAACGACGUCUCGUUCGUGCUCAUCCAUCAGGAUAAUCAGGCGAUUAACGAAGAUUUGCAGAGUAAUAACGACGAGGAUCGUUUAACCGGCCAUGGAGGUAUAUCUUCUAUUGGAUCAGGUAGCACAGGCGGUGGAUCGUCGCCGUUCAGUCCUCACCAUCACCACCAUCACCACCGAAACACGACGCCGACCAACAGCGGACCAGGCAGCGGAGGAAGCGCUAUGGCCGCCACUCACCACCAAGACUUCCAACCACCUUAUUUUCCGCCACCAUUUCCACCCAGCCACCAUCACCAGCAUCACCAAUCAUCCACCGCGACCUCACCAUCGACCAUGGAUUACCUCAGCGAUCCGUACUCUCAAACGCUUAACAGUCUGCAUCAAAGUGCUCAAGUCGCCGCUCACUACAAUCAGCUGACGGUAGCCGCCGUGUCCGCUGGACAGAGACAUGACGCGCUCAGACGGGCAGAUACCGCAGAUUCCAUACACGUGGGCAAUAUGCACGCUUCCUUUCCUUACGAAAGUAAUAGAAAUAGUAGAAACGAAUACGGAGUGGUUCGCAGAUCAGAGAUGCUAAUGCAAUCGCAUCCUGGUCUCGAUGAUCCGCUAGCGUUGCAUAAUGCUUUGGCUGGAGUCGUCGACGAUAACCAGAAUAAUACAAGCGUCGAAGACACGGCUAGUUUUAUGAAUGAUCUUCCUUUAAUGAAAAGAGUAUCAACGCCCGCUGACGUGUUCUGCAGCGUUCCUGGAAGACUGUCGUUAUUAAGUUCUACCUCAAAGUACAAAGUAACCGUAGGUGAAGUGCAGAGACGAUUACAACCUCCGGAAUGUUUAAAUGCUUCUUUAUUAGGAGGCGUUUUGAGAAGAGCGAAAUCAAAAAAUGGAGGGCGUCUGCUUCGCGAGAAAUUAGAAAAAAUUGGUCUCAAUUUACCAGCGGGAAGGCGUAAAGCAGCCAAUGUUACGUUAUUAACGUCUUUAGUCGAAGGUGAAGCUAUACAUUUAGCCAGAGAUUUCGGAUAUGUUUGCGAAACUGAAUUUCCAGCUCGUCAAGUAGCCGAGUAUUUAACCAGACAACAUACCAGUGAUCCGGCUAAUUCUUAUAGGCGUAAGGAAGAAAUACAUUCGACGAAAGUCGUUAUAUCGGAAUUAGUACAAUUGUUGAAUAAAGAUAGAUCUCCAUUGUGCAAUACCAGACCUCCUCUAGAAUUAGAACCAAAUAUACAAAGGCAUUUGACACAUUUUUCGCUCAUAUCUCACGGAUUUGGUAGUCCUGCGUUGGUUGCCGCGUUGACUGCUGUUCAAAAUUUUCUAACCGAGUCAUUAAAGCAAUUAGAUAAAAUGUAUCCUCCAAAUAACAAUCUAAACGUGUCGUCGUCGCAACAGCAAGCCCAGUCCUUAGCCGAUGUAAAACCAAAAGACCUAGGAGUGGGCGAUAUGAAAAAAUGAGGAUGGCUAAAGCGGGGCCAAACCCUGCCAUCGUCGUCGUCACCUUCGCAACAACAAUCUCAAGCCUCUUUAUUGGCUACCAAUUCUCAAAUGAACGAUAGUACUAAGCAUUUAACGUGGUUGUGCGAUAAAAAUAUUAAUUACCAAGGAUUUUCUAUAAAAAAUUAAUCGCAAUCGCUAUUCGCUAGUUGCCUACUACAUACAACGAUCCCUAGCUUCGUACAUAGAAGAAGAAGACGAAAAAAAACCCUCUUGUAACAACUUCUGUACUUGAUUUUUUUUUUGGUAUAAUUUUCAUCGUACUUAAUCGAUAUUUUACAGCCUACUAUAAUUAAAUUGGACGUGUAGACAAAAUUGAUUUAGACGAACGCCAUCGAACACUUGUUUUAAUACUGGUAUCAUAUUUUUAAUGAUAGGCGAGAGUAGACUCGAGAAGCUGACUUGUUUUGAUAUUAAUAUAGGACUAUGAUUAUUACCUCGUUAUAAGAUAAAUUUUCGAUGGUCGUUGAACUUGAUUCGGAUUCGUGUUGAUUUUCACUCUACAAGUGAACUGAAAAUAUGAUCUAGAGACAAUCAGAAAUAACCCAGACAGACUAGGUAUACGAAGUACGAAGUACAUAGGAUUACAUUGGCAACUAGCAGCAUUUACCAUGACAAUUUAUUAACAUCUCAGUAUUUUCAUUGAUAUCACUCUUAUAAGAUUUUCGACAAGUAUUGUUAUUGUGAUAUGUGAUGAAAAAAGCUUUAUCAGUUUUUUUUAAAUGUUAUUUUGAUAUAGCUUUUCUUAUCCCUAAUGUGUUUUUUUUCUCUCUUUUAAAUUUUUAUUCGCUUUUUGCUCUCUAUUGUACAUAUUAAUUUUUUUUUUGCCAAAUUGUUUUAUUUUAAAUGAUGUAACGUAUUGUGUACCUACUGUAUUAUCGAUGUCGUGUAAUUUUUCUUCCAUCCCUGCUGCCCCCUCCCAUCUGCCCUCCCUUCCUCCCUUCUCCCAUUUUGUACCUAUGUAAUUAAAUAAUUUUUACAUAAAUUUUACGUAGGUAAGUUUUUAUGCUUGAAUAGCGAUGCUACUCUACUGGUACCGUGAAUAGAUGUGCCAUUUUACUUUUUAAUUACAAAUUAAAUUUUAAUUCUUUUUAUAUUUAUGUAAGAUUUAUCCGCAAUAUUUGUUAUUUUGUUUUAAGAUUUUAGAAUCACUCUACUUCAUUCAUCCCAUCUUCUCUGUGCGUCUGUUUUUUUUCCUGUUUUUAAUUCUCGUAUUAUUCUGGUGUACUGUACCUAAUUAAAAAAUGCUGGUCGUGAAAUGAAAAUGAUGCUGAAUUAUUAUAUUGUAAUACGUAUUAGGUAAUAUGUUUUUAAAUCAAAGAGAUGAGCUACCUGCGCUGAUUAUUAUACUCUACUUAAUUUUGUUGUAAUUUUUUCAUUUUCAUUUUUUUUUUUUUGCUGUAGGUGUAGUCUAGUUGUUGUGAUAUAUUCUUUGCCAUAGAAUGUAUAUAAUAUUUUUUUUUCUACUUUGUACGUGUUUAUAUUGUAUAUUGGAAAUGCUCAAAAUAAUUCUUCGACAUUUUAA